AUGCGGGUGCGUCUGGGCGCUCUGGCGGGUGCGGCGGCACUGAGCGGGGCGCUCAGUUUUGUGCUGCUGGCGGCCGCCAUCGGAACGGACUUCUGGUACAUCAUCGACACCGAGAGGCUGGAGAGGAACAGCCACAGAGCGCUGGACCGGGGACCCGCCAACCGCAGCCAGCUGGAGCCUCUGAGCUCCCACUCGGGUCUCUGGCGGACUUGCCGGGUCCAGAGCUCCUGCACGCCGCUGAUGAACCCCUUCUGGCAGGAAAAUGUGACCGUCAGCGACUCAAGCCGACAGCUUCUCACUAUGCAUGGGACAUUUGUGAUCUUGUUGCCACUUAGCCUGAUUGUGAUGGUGUUUGGGGGAAUGACUGGGUUCCUGAGCUUCCUCCUCCGAGCCCACCUCCUUCUGCUGCUCACGGGGACCUUAUUUCUCUUUGGAGCCACGGUGACCCUCGCUGGAAUUAGCAUCUACAUAGCAUACUCAGCUGCCGCCUUCCGGGAGGCAGCUUGCCUCCUGGAGGAGAGGGCCCUGCUGGACCAAGUGGACAUCCGCUUUGGCUGGUCCCUGGCCCUCGGCUGGAUUAGCUUUGUCUCUGAGCUGCUCACAGGGGUGGCCUUCCUGGCAGCUGCGCGAGUGCUCGGCCUGAGACAGAGGCAGGACCAGGCUAUCUGAGUUUGGCCAGCCCAGGAGGCCUGGAGUGGGGCGCAUCUCCGUGAAUAGCAGCCUUUUCUUCCUCAAACGCCCUUCACAGAGGCCAGAGGGCCCACGGUGCCCACGGUGGGUGAGCCCCACCUGACUGUUGUCCUUGUGCUAUCUGGAAUGCCCACUCUGCUGUGUUGUGUGCAUGUGUGUCUGUCUGGUGGACUGCAAGAGGAGAGAGGGUGUGGAACCCUUAUCACCUGAAAUAAACGCCAAUCCUAACCACC